UUAGAAUGAGCCGCCGAUUGUUGCAUCUGUUGCAUCUGUUGCAUUUGCUCUGCCUGUGCUGCUGGCCGUGCCUGGUGCAAGGCGCACAGGUUUACAUGGAGUUGAAUGGCCAGAGCUACGCUUACAACACGGACGAUGCUGUGCAAACAAAUGAUCUGUCACCUAACUACGAGAUACCACACUACCACCAGCAGCAGCAUCAGAAACUACAUCAAUCCCAGCACUGGCCAUAUGCCAGCGCUCAGUCUUUAUCCCGGAAUGCCAAGUGGGGCUGGCUACAGCCUGCAGCAGCACCGCCGUCAGCGCCUCCACCAGCACCUCGGCAGCCACAGAAUAUUGAUUUUAGCACUCAACACAUGUCGCACAGCCAACACACGGAUGACUCUGGCAUUGUGCUGGGCAAAUAUUCAUACUACGAUGAUGCGGGCUAUCACGAGUUGAGCUACAAGGCGGGCCCUGGCAUUGGAUUCGUGGUCAUGGGCGGCAAUUUGGCCAAGCCAACGGAACAAACAGCCAACAACUUGCGUAGCUAUUGAUAUAUGUGUAUAUAGAUAGUCCC